AUGUCUUCACCAAGCCCAGGCGCAACAGCGGCGCUGCAGGAAAUCAUACAAGACCUCCGAUCCAAGUACGGACUUCCCACAAAUACCAUCUCGACCAUAUCAGAGGACAACAGACGACGCGCUGCCAACAGGCUUCGCGAGCUCGUCCUUGCCGUUCAGCGAGAUUCUGCCCCAGAUCAGUUCCAGGCAUUCUGGACCACCGUAUUGGACAGAAUCAUAAAUGAACUGUUCCAGAAGCACGAUGGAAGCGCAAGCUCGAUCGCCGACCGCUUCGGCGGAAUCUACGCCUUCGACGUAUUCGUCGAGUGCGAAGCCAUCGACUACACUCGAGACUUCGCCAAAAUUCAAGGUCCGCUCAUCAAGAUCAUGACGGGCAGGGAGACGGUCUGCAUGCAACCGGCCGCCAUGGUUAUAGGAAAACUAGCUAGGCCCGGUGGCGCCAUGGUCAGCGACUUUGUCCAAUACCUUACCAACUUCGCCAUCGAAUGCCUGCAGCCCCCUAGAGUGGAGGAAGCGCGGUACAGCGCGGCGCUCCUGCUUCGCGAACUCUGUAGGAACGCGCCGACUCUCAUGUACAACAGCGUCCACAAUGUCCUUGAGUGUAUUUGGGUUGGACUGCGUGAUAUCCGUCUCCUAAUCAGGGCGACUUCCGCUGAGGCUGUCAGCGCUGCCUUUCGAAUCAUUCGAGAACGAGACCAGGAUGUCAAGAACCAGUACAUGUCCAAGAUGUACCAGCAGGCCAUCGCUGGGCUGAAGUUGAAUACGGUCGAAGCCACACACGGAUCUCUUCUGGUCCUCCGGGAGCUGCUCGAGCUCGGUGGCAUGUUCAUGCAGAAACACUAUCCGGAGGCCUGCGACAUUGUGUUCAAGUACAAGGACCACAAAGAUUCCACCAUUCGCAAAACGGUCGUCCAAUUGAUCCCCAAUCUGGCGCACUAUGCGCCAUCAGAGUUCUGCUCAAACUACCUUCACAACUUCAUGAUUUAUCUUGCAGGUAUGCUCAAGAAGGACAAGGACCGAAACGAUGCGUUCCUGGCGAUCGGAAAUAUCGCAAACGCCGUAAAGAGUCAAAUGGCACCAUACCUGGAUAGCAUCCUGCUUCAUGUGCGCGAAGGCCUCAGCGUAGCGUCAAGGAGACGCGGGAUUUCUGUUGACCCAGUCUUUGAGUGUCUUAGCCGCCUAGCAGUUGCUGUGGGCCAGACUUUGGCCAAGUACAUGGAGGCACUGAUGGAUCCCAUCUUUGAGUGCGAUAUCAAUCCAAAGUUGACACAAGCGCUGGUUGAUCUGGCAUUUUAUAUCCCUCCACUUCGCCCGGCGAUCCAGCAAAGGCUACUCGAUAUGAUCAGCAAGGUUCUCUGCGGAGAACCUUUCAAGGCGUUGGGUGCACCACAGUCACACACGCUGUCCUCGGUGCCCAUUAUUCCGAAGGAUCCCAAGGACCCUCUCGCACACGAGACUCGCAAAUUCGAAGUCAAGCUGGCCCUGAACACUCUCGGCAGCUUUGACUUCUCAGGUCAUGUCCUGAACGAGUUCGUCCGAGAUGUGGCGAUAAAAUACGUGGAGGACGACGACCCCGAGAUCCGUCAAGCAGCCGCUCUUACCUGCUGCCAGCUCUACGUUGUCGAUCCCAUCGUGAACCAGGUCAGCUAUCAUGCGCUGCAGGUUGUCGGCGAUGUUGUCGAUCGUCUUUUGACAGUUGGUAUAUCGGACCCGGACCACAACAUUCGCAAGACCGUGCUCGCCGCGAUGGACGAUCGGUUCGACAGACACUUGGCCAAGGCCGAGAAUAUCCGCACCCUCUUCUUCGCUCUCAACGACGAGUCUUUCCCCAUUCGUGAAGUUGCCAUCGAGAUUAUCGGCCGCUUGGCUCAUCACAAUCCCGCCUACAUCGUCCCUGCCCUGCGGAAGACGCUGAUCCAGAUGUUGACUGAGCUGGAGUUUUCCGACGUUGCCAGGAACAAGGAGGAAAGUGCCAGGUUACUCAGUCUCUUGGUCAGGAAUGCCCAGGGACUUAUCCGACCAUAUGUGGAGCCGAUGAUCAACGUCCUGCUUCCAAAAGCCAACGACUCUCCCCCUACAGUGUCAGCAACCAUUCUUGAAGCGAUCGGCGAGCUUUGCGCAGUUGGUGGCGAAGAAAUGAUGAGGUUCAAGGAGAAACUCAUGCCGAUGAUCAUUGAGGCUCUCCAAGACCAGUCAUCUGUUAUCAAGAGGGAAGCAGCUCUCCAUACUCUAGGGAAGCUGGCAAGCAAUUCUGGCUACGUGAUUGCGCCUUACCUCGAAUACCCGCAUCUUCUUGAGCUACUCCAAGGCAUCAUUCGCGGAGAGGCCACCAACACCGAGCUUCGACGAGAGACUAUUAAGCUGCUCGGGAUCCUGGGUGCGAUCGAUCCAUACAAACAUCAGCAGGUCCAGGAGAGAAACCCGGAUGCCAGCCUGCGCGUUGAGGCUACCCAGAUGACAGAUAUUUCCCUGAUGAUGACGGGCUUGACACCAUCUAGCAAGGAGUACUACCCCACUGUGGUUAUAAAUGCCCUCUUGGGUAUCCUCAAGGACUCCUCGCUGGUGCAAUAUCACCAACCUGUCAUCGAGGCUAUCAUGAACAUCUUCCGCACCUUGGGCCUCGAAUGCAUUUCGUUCCUUGACCGAAUUAUCCCGGCCUUCCUCCAAGUCAUCAGGAGCUCAUCGGCAACCAAGGUUGAAAGCUAUUUUGCCCAACUGGCUACGCUCGUUGGCAUUGUCAGGCAGCAUAUUAGGGUUUACCUCCCUGACAUUGUUGAUAUCAUCCAAGAAUAUUGGUCCAGGGCCAUGUUACAGUCAACCUUGAUCUCGCUCAUUGAGGCCAUCUCAAAAUCGUUGGAAGGAGAGUUCAAAAUCUUCUUGGCCGGGCUUCUGCCACUGAUGCUUGGAGUUCUGGAAAAGGACAACAACAACAAACGGGGACCAUCAGAAAAAGUUCUGCAUGCCUUCCUUGUAUUCGGGACGAGCGCCGAAGAGUACAUGCAUCUCAUCAUACCCGUCAUCGUGAGGACAUUUGAGAAGCAGGGCCAAACAGUGCUUAUGAAGCGCAUGGCUAUCGAGACUAUUGGCAAGAUCUCCAAGCAGGUGAACCUGAAUGACUUUGCAGCCAAGAUCAUUCACCCGUUGACGAGGCUGUUGGCCACAGGUGAUCCAGCGCUGAAGCAGACAGCCGUUGAUACCCUGUGCUCGUUGAUCCAGCAACUUGGCAGGGACUAUCUACACUUUGCCUCUACCGUUAAUAAAGCUCUCGCUGGAGUCCCGGUGAACCGCACCAACUACGACCAACUGCUUAGCAAGCUCCAAGCUGGCGAAACACUGCCCGCUCCACUGAACGAGACCAAGUUCCAGUCGGAUGAAACGCCAUUCGCAGACCAAGCCCCCAAGAAGCUCGAGAUGAAUGCAGUACACCUGAAGGCAGCGUGGGACACAAAAGGCAAGUCUACUAAGGAUGACUGGCAAGAGUGGAUCCGCAGAUUCAGCACGACACUACUGGCCGAGUCACCCAACCACGCACUGCGCGCCUGCGCGAUGCUGGCGAAUAACUACAAUCCACUGGCCCGUGAGCUGUUCAACUCGGCGUUUGUCUCGUGUUGGAGCGAAUUGUACGAGCAAUACCAGGAGGAGCUCAUCUCUAAUAUUGAAAGCGCCAUCAGGUCUGAGAACGUGCCUCCGGACUUGCUGGGCCUGCUGCUCAACCUGGCCGAGUUCAUGGAGCACGAUGACAAGGCCUUACCGAUAGACAUUCGCACUUUGGGUAGGGAGGCAGCUAGGUGUCACGCGUACGCAAAAGCGCUGCACUACAAGGAACUUGAGUUUCUGCAGGACCACAACGGUGGGGCUGUAGAAGCUUUGAUCGUCAUCAACAACCAGCUGCAGCAGUCAGAUGCGGCCAUCGGUAUACUACGAAAAGCACAAAGCUAUCAGGAUGCUCUGCAUCUUAAGGAGACAUGGUUCGAGAAGCUUGAGCGCUGGGACGAAGCUUUGGAGUUCUACAACAAGAGAGAGAAGGAGACCCCGGCGGGUACCUCGGUUCCGGUAGAGGUCAUCAUGGGCAAGAUGCGUUGUCUGCACGCUCUUGGAGAAUGGGAUACUCUAGCACAGCUGGCGGGAGCAACUUGGUCAAACUCGUCCUCGGAGUUGCAACGACGCUUUGCACCGCUCGCAACAACAGCGGCAUGGGGUCUCGGAAAGUGGGACUCGAUGGAUGCCUACCUGCAGUCGAUGAAACGCACCUCGCCAGACAGGUCCUUCUUCCAGGCGAUUCUUGCUAUCCACCGGAAUCAGUUUGGGGAAGCUGUCCGCUGGAUCGAUCAGGCGCGCGAGGGUCUUGACACCGAGAUCAGUGCUCUGAUGAGCGAGUCGUACACCCGUGCGUACACCACCAUUGUUCGCGUACAAAUGCUCGCUGAGUUGGAGGAAAUAAUCACAUACAAACAAUGCGAUGCCAAGAAACAAGCCACGAUACGCGCCACCUGGGAAGCCAGGCUUCAAGGCUGUCAACGAAACGUCGAAGUAUGGCAGCGUAUGCUUCGGCUGAGGGCUCUGGUGAUCCAGCCCAUGGAAAACAUGCAUAUGUGGAUCAAGUUUGCCAAUCUCUGCCGCAAGUCUGGCCGCAUGGGACUAGCGGAGAAGUCAUUGAGGCAACUCAUUGGGGUUGACGCCCCGAUCGAACACACAGUGCCCGGCUGGGACAUGACCGAGUCGGAUUCAAGCGAGCCAAGGAGGCGUGACGCUGCCCAGUUUUCAAGCCCCAUCCCACCGCAGGUCACAUACGCUGUGCUCAAGUACCAGUGGGAUCUUGGAAAUCAGCCGGCGCACAAGGGCAACGGUGUGGCGGAAAAGUCUCUCGAGUGCCUGCGGGCUUUCGCGCUGGAGAACGCGGCUCGUAUCGAAUCGGCAAGGCAACAGUUUACCAUGCGCACCCCCUCAAACAACAUGGAGCUAAACAACGGACACAUCAAUGGCCACAAUCAGUUUGCGCCGUUCCCUGAGGUUGCAGACCUCUCGCCAGAUCAUCAUCGCUUCAUCAAGGAGCAGACGACUCUGCUAGCCAAGUGUUUCCUGAGGCAAGGCGAGUGGAUGAAGGCCCUCAACAAGGACGAUUGGCAGUACACGCAUGUCAACGACAUUCUUCAGAGCUACCAGCAGGCCACGAGGUAUAACCCAGACUGGUAUAAAGCCUGGCACGCAUGGGCUUUGGCCAACUUUGAGGUUGUCCAGGCCCUUACCAACAGGACCUCUAACGAUACGUACUCUGUACACGCGAACCACGCCAACGUCAUUGAGCACGUCGUUCCUGCGGUCAAGGGUUUCUUCAAGUCGAUUGCAUUGUCUCAAGGAAGUGCACUCCAGGACACUCUGCGCCUGCUCACUCUGUGGCUCGCUCACGGAAGCACCCCGGAUGUUAACCAUGCCGUCACUGAGGGCUUCACAAAGGUCAACGUUGACACUUGGCUGGAGGUUAUUCCGCAGCUCAUUGCUCGCAUCAAUCAACCCAACCGACGAGUUCAGACCUCAGUUCAAAACCUUCUGGCCGAUGUCGGACGCGCCCAUCCGCAAGCCCUGGUCUAUCCUUUGACGGUUGCCACAGAAAAGUCUGAACACUCCAAGAAGUCUGCCGCAGCAAGUGUUAUUAUGGAGAGCAUGAAGCAGCACAGUCUUAGACUUGUCGAGGAGGCGGCCAUUGUCAGCCGAGAGCUGAUCAGGGUCGCGGUUCUCUGGCAUGAAAUGUGGCACGAAGGACUGGAGGAGGCUUCUCGCCUCUACUUUGGAGACCAGGACAUUGAGGGCAUGUUCCGAGCUUUGGCUCCUCUUCACGAGGCACUGGACAAGGGACCCGAGACACUGCGUGAGAUCUCAUUCGCGCAAGCCUUUGGACGUGAUCUUACCGAGGCGCGCGAAUGGUGCAGACAAUACCAGCACACACGGGAUAUCAAUGAUUUGAACUUUGCCUGGGAUCUCUACUACCAGGUCUUCCGACGCAUCUACAAGCAGCUGCCGCAGGUGACCUCUUUCGAGCUGGCCUACGUCUCACCCAAGCUGCUUCACGCCACAAACCUCGCGCUCUGUGUCCCCGGAACGUACAAGUCUGGCCAGCCGGUUGUCAGCAUUGCCUCGUUCGACCCGACCUUUGUGGUGAUCAGCUCGAAGCAGCGCCCUCGAAAGCUUAACAUGAUGGGAAGUGACGGUGCUUCGUACACUUUCCUACUCAAGGGCCAUGAGGAUAUUCGACAGGAUGAGAGAGUCAUGCAGCUCUUUGGUCUCUGUAACACCUUGCUCGCCAGCGAUUCGGAAUCAUACAAGCGGCAUCUCAGCAUCCAGAGCUAUCCGGCCAUCCCUCUGUCGCACAGCUCUGGUUUGCUUGGGUGGGUCCCUAACAGCGACACUAUUCACGCACUCAUAAGGGAGUACCGUGAAAGCCGUAAGAUCCUGCUCAACAUUGAACACCGCAUCAUGCUCCAGAUGGCUCCCGACUACGACAACCUGACUCUGAUGCAGAAGGUGGAAGUAUUUGGCUACGCUCUCGACAACACAACCGGCCAGGAUCUGUACCGUGUACUAUGGCUCAAGAGCAAGAGUUCAGAAGCCUGGCUCGAGCGGCGCACCAACUAUACACGCUCACUGGGCGUCAUGUCCAUGGUCGGUUAUAUCCUGGGACUGGGUGACCGACAUCCGUCCAACCUCAUGCUGGACCGUGUCACGGGCAAGAUCAUCCAUAUCGACUUUGGCGACUGCUUCGAGGUAGCAACCAAACGGGAGAAGUAUCCCGAGCGUGUCCCGUUCCGACUUACGCGCAUGUUGACGUACGCCAUGGAGGUUAGCAAUAUUGAAGGUAGUUUCAGGAUCACUUGUGAGCACGCCAUGAGGGUUUUGAGGGAGAACAAAGAGAGUGUGAUGGCUGUUCUAGAAGCGUUCAUCCAUGACCCGCUCCUCACAUGGCGCCUCACCAAGACGCCGAGCAAAGCCGGUCCCAAUUUCGAAUCGGAGCGCGAACGCGAUAUAGUUGGUCCCAGUGCAACCCGAGCUCGUCGUCCCUCGAUACUCGAAGGACCGCCGGCAGAUAUGAUGGCCGCCGCAGCACACAUGAACGGCGAUGGCCCUAGAGGGAACCUUGCACCAGGCGGCCCACCGGGCACCGGUCGUCGGCGCGCAGGCACCACUUCGUCGGCCGCGAUGGGCAGCAGCGUUGGGGGUACGGCCCAAGAGAUGGCCGAGGUUCAAAAUGAGCGAGCACUUGAAGUGCUGGACCGAGUGCAGCAGAAGCUCACCGGACGGGACUUUAAGCCGAGCGAGGAGCUGGAUGUGGUCGAGCAGGUGCAUAAACUCAUCAACGAGGCGACCAAGCUGGAGAAUCUGUGCCAGCAUUACAUCGGAUGGUGCAGUUUCUGGUAG